AUGUCGCUAAGCCGCAUCCUGCCUGCGGGUAAAAACGCUCGCCUUGUCAUUAUUCCAUUGCGAUGCACGCACAAUACUGCCCAGGCAGGAGCGGCCCAUCACGUUGAAGUUCAGACGGAAGAUGCUGAUAAGCCAGGAUUCUUUGAGAAAAUUGCCCUCCGUUUCCAAGGAGUUCCGCUGAAGGGUGAGCUUAAACCGCCGAAGUCCAUCUUUUCGGACUGUAAUAAGGAAUGGUUCGCUCCAAAACCGCUUCCCGAGGUUCCAAAGGAUUACAAAGAGCAUCCCGAUAGAGACUUGGUAAACUAUCCCUAUCCUGCUCGACCAAUGUAUCCACCUAAAACCCGCCUUCUGAUGAUGCCCGAUUCGUGGUUCACACCUUUCCACAAAAUCACCGGUGUAUCAGGACCAUACCUGUUCUUCGGUGGACUGUUUGCAUUCCUCGUCAACAAGGAAAUCUGGGUGUACGAGGAGCAGGGACAUAUGACUGUUGGCUGGAUUCUGUUCUACCUUCUCAUUUCAAGGACCGUAGGAUACCGAAUUGAUAAUUAUCUGUAUGGGGAAUACCAAAAGCGCAUGGACUACUUCAAGGGUCUGAUCGCCGAAGAUCUGAAAGACGCUGUUGAGUUCCGAAAGACCGCAGCUGCUGAAACUGCAUCUCUCAACGCUGUCAAGGAGAACUUCCCCGUGAUCAUGAAGGAGAACAUGCUGUUGCAACUUGAAGCUACGUACAGAAAGAAUGUGCAGAGUGUAGCAACAGAACUGAAGCGUCGUCUUGACUAUCUCAAAGAGACAGAAGAAACUAAGAAACGGUUUGAGAAGGAGCAGAUGCUGAAAUUCAUUAGCGAAGGGGUACGUCGGUGUUGCUCGUUCUUUUAG